AUGAAGUUCCCUUGGCUACUUAUCGUGUUCUUCUCGAGCUUGACGAAUUUUGCAAAAACUAAUGGGGAGAUAGGAGCUUCUUUUAUCUUUGGCGAUUCGCUAGUCGAUGCCGGUAACAAUAAUUACUUAUCCACUUUAUCCAAGGCAAAUAUUCGACCUAAUGGAAUUGAUUUUAAAGCUUCGGGAGGAAACCCUACCGGCCGCUUUACCAACGGCCGAACCAUCGGUGACAUUGUAGGAGAAGAACUGGGACUACCAAAGUAUGCUGUUCCAUUUUUGGCACCCAAUUCUACUGGUAAAUCUAUAUUGUACGGUGUCAAUUAUGCGUCAGGAGGAGGGGGAAUUAUGAAUGCAACUGGAAGAAUAUUUGUUAAUAGACUGGGAAUGGACGUACAAGUGGAUUUUUUCAACAUUACUAGAAAAGAGAUUGAUAAAUUAUUGGGUCCAUCCAAAGGCAGAGAUCACAUAAUGAAGAAAUCAAUUUUUUCAAUCACAAUUGGCGCUAAUGAUUUUCUCAACAAUUAUCUUCUUCCGGUUCUAUCAAUUGGUGCAAGAAUUACACAGAGCCCAAAUUCCUUCAUCGACGACAUGAUUAGUAACUUAAGAAACCAACUUACGAGGCUUUAUAGGUUGGAUGCUCGGAAAUUUGUAAUAGGAAAUGUUGGUCCAAUAGGGUGUAUACCUUAUCAGAAGACUAUUAAUCAAUUGAAUGAGAAGGAGUGUGUGGAUUUAGCCAAUAAGCUAGCCAUGCAGUAUAAUGGUCAAUUGAAGGAUCUACUUGCCCAACUCAAUGAUAAUCUCCCCGGAGCAACUUUUGUUCAUGCAAAUGUCUAUGAUCUCGUCAUGGAACUCAUCACAAAUUACCAAAAAUACGGAUUUACAACUGCAAGCGAAGCUUGUUGUGGAAAUGGAGGACAAUAUGCGGGUAUAAUUCCAUGUGGACCGGCAUCGAGUAUGUGUGAAGAUCGAGAUAAACACGUGUUUUGGGAUCCAUAUCAUCCCAGCGAGGCAGCCAACAUUGUAAUCGCUAAGCAAUUACUUGAUGGAGACAAAAAAUAUGUAUCACCUGUCAAUCUCAGACAACUUCGUAAUUUAUAA